CUCAGUAACGAAUACAUGCGGUUUGCUCCAGCUCUAGUUGAUAUAGCAAUGGCGGAUAUUGUGGAUGAGUUAUUACGCUACGGACUUUUCUUCGGUGCUAUAUUUCAACUGGUGUGUAUUGCAGCAGUUGUCUUUAUUCCUCCUAAAGAAGAAGGUCGGGAUGGAGGAGAUUCAAGUGAUGAAGAUAUUCUUCCUGAUGGUCCAAUUCAUCAGCCAUCUCACAGGCAUCAUAGUCACCAUGUAGGUCGUCGAAGCAGGCAAGAGAAAAAGAAAAGAAGAUGAAAAUUUUCAUCAAAAAACGAAAAGGAUAUCCCUUCCUGAAUUGAAGCAGUUGAACUUCUAAACAUUUAAGGGCAUCUGUGUUAUUUGAGACAUUUUUAUAUUGUAUUUAUCAUUUUAUAUAUUAUCAUGUUCAUUUUAUUGCACAUUCUCAUUUUUAUGUAGAUUUCAAAUGUUGUCAAAAAAACUAAAAGUUAAGAAAAAAGUCUUUCCAUCAUUUACAUGUCUUUUUCCUCCCUCAUUUUAAAUUAAAACAUACUUUUAUUAAACCUUUAGCUAAACCUGUAAGCUACAUUUCUCAGCAUUGACUGUAUCAUAAGGCAGGCAUGAGGAACGUCCUGAUAGGCAACAUUAAGUUUGAUAGCAGUGCGAAAGGCUGUACAGCUUAAUAGAAUGAGUAUUAAUGAUUUUAUUAUAACUAAAGUUUUAAAAAAAUUAGAUGCGAGUUGCACAUAAGGGUGUAAAAUUAUAUUACAUAUUUUAUUAAUGAAAAUUUAUAAAAUAUGUAAUGUAAUUUAAUGUAACUUUUGUAUUAGUCCAGUAUUUGGUUCCAGAUUCAUAAUUCAUAGUUUGAGUUUAUCUUUAAAUGAAUAUCGGAUACCUGUGACCUUAAGUGAUUUUUAAUUUGUGCCAUAUAUGAAAAUGCUGAUUCACGAAAAUAAGCUCUUCCAAAGCAGAAAAGAAAAUGGUGUACAUGGUCAUGGAAGUUCAUGUAUUCAUUUGAAUUUUUUUUGUAUUUAAUUGGGAUCUUUUUGGUAUCAAAAAGGAUAUUUUGUAUUAGUAUUACCUUCUUUCAACUCAGUUAGUUCCAUUUGUAGUAACAUGAGUGCUUUUGAGACAUUGAUAAAAGUUUAAAAUAUACUUCCAAUGUAAGAGUAUGUUCUUCAGAAUCUGAAUAUCUAUUUAUUCCUCAGUUAAGGAAUCCAAGACAGUUGCAUAAUUAUUGAAGUUUUUGCAUUCAUUUAAAAUCUUUUAUAUUAGCAGAACUAUUCUUCAAAUACAUCCGAGCUAGAGAGUAGAGUUUUAAAAAUGUCGACUUUUGAGAGGCUCAAAUUCUGUACCACAUAUCUUGUAUAUUUGUUUUUCUGUCAUAUGAGAUAAAAAUGCAACAUUUCUAAGA